UUUUUAAUUAUAUUUAAGGCUAGAGGAAAAGUUGGUAAAGAUACAGGCAAGGCUAAGGCCGAGGUUGCAGCUAAGGCUGAGACUGAGGCUAAGGCUAAGCCUGUAUCUCGUUCAGCUCGCGCCGACUUACAAUUCCCUGUAGGACGUGUACACCGCUACCUUAAGCAACAUCUAACAUCUCGUGAACGCGUUGGUGGUACUGCUGCAGUGUAUUCCGCAGCCAUUUUGGAGUAUCUAGUCGCCGAAGUGCUUCAGUUGGCUGGCGAGGCUGCAAGUGAAUUUAAUGUAAAGCGUAUUACACCUCGCCAUUUGCAAUUGGCAAUCCGUGGAGAUGAAGAACUUGAUAGCCUCAUUAAAGCAAUAAUACCUAGUGGUGGCGUUGUACCACAUAUUCACAAAUCGUUGCUAGGAAAGAAGGGGCAGCACGUUGUCGAUUCCCAGUGUAACAACACUGGUUUCCUGUCCCAAUCGUACUCAUUUUAAUGUCACUUUAAUCUUAAUUUCAUUUAUCAUUUUAACAAUA